GUCUGCAGUAAUUAUAUUUCCCUGCACUGGUCUAAUUACAGCAGCGCGUGAAAUGAGUGCAGCCUCUCCUCUGCAUCCUCCUCAUAUGGUGAGCUGGACCAGAGCCAGACCUAUAGCCCAACAUGACCCCACCACACCUUGAUUCCUCACGGAGACCCCGUUGUCUCUAUCUCGUGGCUUGAUCCAGUAUUGCAGCAAGACAUCGCACUCCUUCAUAUGUUCGUUUGGGUCUCAUCGCAUCGCAAUAACUCCAAAAGUGUUUACUACUCUUGCGUGACACUGUGAAAGAAAAACUGUCAGAGAUUCAGCUGGAUUUGUCUCACUGCUAGAGAAACGAGCAUUGCACAUCAAAUGAGCAGUUUAAGGUCGGUGUGGGGCAAAUAUGUCGCUGUUCGGACAGAAAUAGGUCUAUGGAAAUAGUCCGGUCAGAUCCACUUUCACAGUGAAUCAGUGCGCAGCGUGGACGCGUGCAGCACGGAGGCUGUCAGUCCUCACCAUCCCUCCCAUUGGCUGCAGCAGGAUGCUCUGUGUGUCUCCUGUUUCCUUGAUCCUCACAUUCAACUGGAGCCGACGGAGGUUCGCGGUGGAGCAAGAGGGAGAACCUUCACCUGUAGAUAUUUGACAUUAACCUGUGUUUAACCAGCGACAAAAACCCACACACACACACUUUUGAAGUGAAGGCUCGCGCUUCGGAUAUCGCAUCGCUGCACAGUCACUGGAAAUAACUUAAAUUUUCCAGUUUUUUGCGGGCUGCUGUCGCCCUGUCCUCAGGUUUGACGGGAUACUGCAGGCUGUAUGGAGGGAUGUCGGCAUGGCUUGCACCAGGAGAACCAAAACUUUGGUGUCCACAUGCGUGAUACUGAGCGGCAUGACCAACAUUGUUUGCCUGCUCUAUGUCGGAUGGGUAACUAAUUACAUCGCCAAUAUUUACAUCAAAGUUCCGAUGCCUUUACCGGAGAGAAAGUUAGAGGGUGACAAAAGAGGGGACACUCUCCGGAUCAUGGAGAGGCUUGAUCGGCUGGAGAAUGUGGUCAACCAGCACAUACAAGAGACUCCAGGGAGGGGAAAGGACGGUCAGGCGGACACAUCAUUCUCUGACUCAUCGCUGUUCGCUCACUGGGGUCAGGAGCUCGGCCCGGACAACCGGCGUGUGGCAUUGAAGAUGUUCCAGUACUAUGGAUAUAAUGGCUACCUCAGUGAUCGUCUCUCUUUAGACAGACCAAUACCAGACCUCAGGCCUGAUGGGUGCAGAAACCUCACUUAUCCUUUAAACCUCCCUCAAGUGAGCAUUGUGUUCAUUUUUGUGAAUGAAGCCUUUUCCGUCAUCCUGCGGUCCAUUCACUCUGCCAUCAACAGAACGCCCUCCUACCUUCUCAAAGAGAUCAUCCUGGUGGACGACAACAGCAAUAACAAUGAGCUAAAGGAGAAGCUGCAGGAUUUUGUGUCUGAGACUAACAGCCAGCAUCCAGGAUUCAUCAAGAUGGUGCGUCAUGCCAAACAGGAGGGUCUGAUCCGGUCCAGAGUGAGCGGGUGGAGGGUUGCCACUGCCCCAGUUGUUGCCCUGUUUGAUGCCCACGUGGAGUUCAACGUUGGCUGGGCUGAACCCAUUCUGCAGCGAAUUAAAGAAGACAGAACUCGCAUAAUCUCCCCAUCAUUUGAUAACAUCAAGUACGACACGUUUGAGAUUGAAGAGUAUCCGCUGUCUGCCCAGGGCUUUGACUGGGAGCUGUGGUGCCGCUACCUCAACCCCCCCAAGUCCUGGUGGCACAAGGGCAACAAGAGUGCACCAAUCCAGAGCCCGGCCUUGAUUGGCUGCUUCGUGGUGGAUAGGCUGUACUUUGAGGAGAUUGGUUUGCUGGAUGAGGGAAUGGAGGUGUACGGGGGAGAAAAUGUUGAGCUGGGCAUUAGGGUAUGGCAAUGUGGCGGCAGUGUUGAGGUCCUGCCUUGUGCUCGAAUCGCCCACAUAGAGCGUGCUCAUAAACCCUAUACCGAGGAUCUGACGUCUCAUGUGCGGCGAAACGCCCUCAGAGUUGCAGAAGUUUGGAUGGAUGAGUUUAAAAGCCAUGUGUACAUGGCCUGGAAUAUUCCCGUGGAGGACCCAGGGAUUGAUAUUGGCGAUAUCUCUGAGAGGAAGGCUCUGAGGAAGAGGCUGCAGUGUAAAACUUUCCGAUGGUACCUGGUCAACAUCUACCCUGAGAUGAGGAUGUACAGCGACACCAUCGCAUAUGGAGUACUGAAAAACUCUCUGAAGAAUGAUCUGUGUCUGGACCAGGGGCCCGACAAUGACAAUGUCCCCAUCCUGUAUCUCUGUCACGGGAUGACACCUCAGAAUGUGUACUACACCAGUACUCAGCAGCUCCACAUCGGGCUCCUCAGUCCCACCGUUGAUGACGACGACAAUAAGUGCCUGGUCGACGUGAAUAGCAAGCCACGCCUCAUCGAGUGCAGCUAUGCCGCAGCCAAACGCAUGAAGCUCCACUGGCUCUUCACUCAGGGAGGAUCCAUUCAGAACAGGAAAUCAAAGAGAUGCCUAGAGCUUGUAGCGAGCAGCGACAAUGAGUUUGGCUACCAACUGGCUCUUCAGAAAUGCACUGGACAAAAAUGGUUCAUCACAAACGUGAUGUUUAGCAGCACCUUAUGAUCGACCUCUGAAGGUAACACUGGAGUGAAUAGAUGGAGUUGUUUCUUUUGUGUGCACAUGUGUGUGAAAGGAUAAGAAGCAGGAGUCCGACAGAAGAGCGGUGCAAGGUUGAACACCAUCAUUUUGAGCACCACGAUGUCCUCUGGUUAGCUCGAGUCGAAAUCACAUCGUAAAUGUUAAACAUUUUAUUUUGCUUACACGAUCAGCCAUAGUUGGCGGAUAUUUUGCAGAUUUGACAAGGUAGUAUAUUUAGUAUAUUUUGUGGUAAAUACAGUACAGUCAGAUUUUCGUUGACUUAAAAGAUGUAAUGGGUCCAAUAUGUUUUUGUACUUUGUUCAUAAUUGCUACUGUGUAGCAAGCUUUCCGAAAUCUGUCCCUGCUUUAAUUAUUUUAUUUUAGUGUCUCAGGUUUGUAGGUUUAUUAUACUGUACAGUUGUGGGGAAA